AUGAAAUCUUCAGUGAAUCAAAUUGUUCUGUUUCUGUUUGUUCUUGCUCUCUGCAUUGCAGGAUUUCAUGGGGUAAAUGCUCACGGUGAGUGUGGGAGAGCAUCGCCAGAACGAGAGGCAUACAAACUUGUUCCUUGUGCUGUGGCAGGACAGGAUGUGAAUGCCCCAGUUUCAGAUGCUUGCUGUGCUAAGAUUAAACAGUUAGGCCAGAACCCGAGCUGCCUCUGCGCAGUGAUGCUCUCUAACACCGCCAAAAGUUCCGGAGUUAAGCCUGAGGUUGCUGUUACUAUUCCUAAGCGAUGCAACUUAGCUGAUCGCCCUGUUGGGUACAAGUGUGGUGCUUACACAUUGCCUUGAAGAGUGAAGAACCCAUCUCAUCACAUCACAUGUAGUACUGAACUUCCUAAGAAUAGUUGGAUAUGGCGAUAGAAGCUUGCAUUUGUGCUUAGCUUUUCUAAUACAGACAGAUGUAUUAGAACUUGGAUGAUAUGAAUAAAGUAUUGUUUUCAAUUUUCAA